AUGAACACAAGAUCCAAGGGCAUUGAAUCUAUUCCACUUGACUUGGAAAUUGAGCAAACUAUUUCUCAUUUAAGAAAAGCAAAGAGGGGUGAAUCUAGCCAUUUAGAUCAAGUCAAAUUAUCAAGUGAAGGCGAAAAGGAACCAAUGGCUCAGCAGGAAGAACAAAAAAAAUUGAGAGAGUAUGCUAUGCCUAAGGUGGAUGGGAUUAGCUCGAGCAUUCAGAGACCAACAGUGCAGGCAAAUAAUUUUGAGAUCAAACCAUCCAUAAUUCAGAUGAUUCAGACAUCCGUUCAAUUUGGAGGUUUUCCAAAUGAUGAUCCCAACCAACACCUCAGUAAUUUUCUAGAGAUAUGUGACACUUUCAGGUUCAAUGGGGUGUCCGAUGAUGCAGUGAGAUUAAGGCUCUUUCCUUUCUCUUUUCGAGAUAAGACUAAGAGUUGGUUGAGUUCGUUGCCACAGGGAUCCAUUACUACUUGGACUGAUUUGGCACAGAAAUUUUUGGCAAAAUUUUUCCCACCUGCAAAGACUGCAAAGAUGAGAAAUGACAUUACCUCAUUCAUGCAGCAAGAUUCAGAGACUUUGUAUGAGGCUUGGGAGAGGUACAAGGAGCUAUUACUACGAUGUCCACAUCAUGGUAUUCCUGAUUGGUUACAAGUACAGACAUUUUAUAAUGGUUUAUUGGGACACACGAGAACAAUCAUAGAUGCUACUGCAGGUGGAGCACUUAUGGAUAAGUCAUUUGAUGAUGCUUACACCUUACUUGAAGACAUGGCUGCCAAUAAUUAUCAAUGGAAUCCUGAUAGGACUCCUCAAAGAAGGACUGCAGGUGUCUAUGAAAUUGAUGCAAUAUUCGCCUUGACUGCUCAGGGAGAGGUGUGGAUUGAACACGGAGUUUUCACAAUAUGUCGGCAAUUAUACCAGAAUCAAUCUGUGCAAAUUCAGAGUCAAGGAAUUGCAAUAAAAAAUAUAGAGAAUCAAUUGGGGCAACUGGCAAAUUCCAUGAAUUUUCGACCACAAGGUGCCUUACCGAGCAACACUGAGCAAAACCCAAAGCGAGAGGACAAAGAACAAUGCAAAGCAAUUUCAAGCCACCUACCGAGCAACACUGAGCAAAACCCAAAGCAAGAGGACAAAGAACAAUGCAAAGCAAUUUCAAGCCACCAAACUCACGAGCAUACCAGCUUAUAUGCUCCACAAUCAGUUCCAAAGGAGAUAAGUAAACAGUUAGUGGAAGGCCAGUCAGAUUUUGAGCAAUUUGUAGAAAUGGGUGAUGAGUUGAAUGAGCAGGGAGUGCCUUCAGUUAAUCAAAAUAAGGCUAAAUCUGAUGCAUACGAAGAAAAUUCUAGGAGGCAAAAGAAGAAGAAAGAGGAGAACUAUCCAACUAAAUAUAACCCCAAAUCUGGAUACCCACCUCCUCCAUUUCCUCAGUGUUUACAAAAACAAAAACAAGAGCAAAAUUUUUCUAAAUUUCUUGAGGUUUUUAAGAAACUGAAUAUUAAUAUUCCUUUUGCAGAUGCAUUGGAGCAGAUGCCGAGUUAUGCUAAAUUCAUGAAGGACAUACUCUCGAGAAAAAGAAGGCUAGAAGACUACAAGACAAUUGCUUUGACUGAAGAGUGCAGUGCUAUUCUUUAA